AUGGCCUCGGGGUGGGACACACCGCGACUACGCCAACGCCCCGCCUUUCUGACUCCUGGACCGACACAACCCGUUCCCUCUGCAUCUCUCCGCGACGUCGAGGACCAUGCCCAAGCUGGGCCGUCACCAUGGCCCAAGACCCCAUCCAUACCGUGGUACGAUAGGUACUCGCCGUCGAGUGCAACACCCUCGUCUGUCGGUCCCUCUGCCCGUUCUGCGCCAUCCGGAGUAUCGGGCCACACCACAUCAUCUACAAUCCAAUACCUCCGGCUCGCGUUUCAGGAGACGCCACCCAAGCUCAAGGAACUUGAGGAAGGCUGGCGGAUCGCACGCCGCGCCGCGUCACGACCUGCUCCCGUUGUUGUCGUCGAACGAAUCGGAGGGAAGAGCGAGCGACACGCACGAGAACUGUACGAACACCGCCCGGAGCUCGGGACGAAGAGGGGUGCCGACCGCAUCCGCCCGCCUCAUGACCCACCAGCCGCGGUGCCAGCGGACAAGGGGAAACAGCGUGCGGUGCUGGACGAGCACUCGGUCGGCCAGUCCACUGGGUUGCUCACACCACCCGAGAGCCCGGCUCCGCGUGCCGCCCUCGCCCGACAGAGGCCCAAAGGAACCCCGCGGCCUCUCGUACGCUUUGUAUCGCCCCCGCCUCCAAGCGAGCCAGAGUCUGGUCCGAGCGGAUGGUCUGGGCCGUCCUGUCCAUCACGAUCGACCUCUGGUCCCUCCCAGCCAUCCCGUUCCUCCCAGCCAUCAAGCACGCCAACAGACGACACGCCGACCCCAACGCUGCGUCUAACAAUCCCAACACUCCGCGUCAUGUCCGCCACCAUGCCCCACGAGAUCCCGCCAUCCGUUGUAUCCGACCCGACGCCGCCGUUCACCCUACCAGACCUGCCACUUCCACCGCCAGCACGACUUGCCGUCCCAGAACCAACACGACCUGCUUCAGCAACAUCACGACCUGCGCGUCUGUCCCCUCCAAGACCAACACGCCGCACUUCGCUUACGCCACCUAAUCCUGAAUCCAAAGUACUCGAACCCAUACUUGUCCAACACCUCCCGCUCACCCGUCACCCAGAGCCUCUGAGCCGCAAAUCGUCCGACGCGAUUGUCGUGCAUUCUCCGUCCGCCUCCGUAGCCCUCACCCUCAACUACCGCCGGCUGACCGCGAACGUGAACCGUGCCGGCGACGAGGUGACGAUCGAGGGCCGAGCGCCGCAGGUGCUCCGCUUAGCAGAGUCGGCGAGCUGGGCAGCGUCCCAGCGCAGCCUGUGGCAGCUCGUCGACCGCCUCGUUACAGAUUACAAGCGCCGCACACCGCGUAUCAAAGUCUUCACACCGCUCGGCGAGCUCGUCGUCACCUGCUGCGAACCGCCAGACAUUGUGCUGUCUUAUCUCGACGCCAACGACGCAACCACCAAAGUCCGCUUACGCUACAGCCUCUCGUUGUUCGAGGCCGUCCUCGACACGUCAACCCACAAACCACGAGGAACGCGCGACGAGACGCACCGCGCUCGCCGAUCCAUCCCCCUGAGCUGGAGUGGACAAGGGGAGCGCGCGGCUCUCGCCCUCGGUGUCGACUUUAGCGACUGGGAGAGUGCGGAGAAAGAUGCCGUUCGCCGUCUCUGGUCUCUGCGCGAGGACUGGGCACGCUUCGUUCCGGGAUACAACCAUUAA